AUGGCCGGCAUCUUCGACCUUGUGUCCACCGUCUGGACGCGCUUCAGCACCAACCUGCGCGGCAGUCUUGAGGGCAUGACGCCCGAGAAGUGGAUCCGCCUCGUUAUCAUCGUCGGCGCAUACUGCCUCGUCCGUCCCUACCUCAUGAAGCUGGCUGGCGGCAAGCAGAUGAAGGAGCACGAGGCUCCCAUCGAGGAUCCUAACGCCCCCAAGGCGCAGGUCCAGCCCAACACCCUGCGCGGCCAGGUCGAGAUUCCCGAGAACAGCGACGACGAUGACGAGGACGCUCCCAGCUCCACGACAGCGACCGACUGGGGCAAGAAGGCGCGCAGGAGGCAGCGCGACGUCCUGAAGAAGAUGAUUGACGCCGAGGAGAAGAGACUUGCUGAGCUGCAGGAGGAUGAUGAAGACAAGGAUAUCGAGGAGUUUAUGGUCAAGGAGUAA